UAGCAGAGGGAGAGGCUGCGCGUUCACAGGCCCUCCCCCUUCUCCACGGAGGCGGGAACGCGCAGAGAAUCCUCACCAAACUCGACCGCGAAGAGAAAACAUCCUUCGGAUUUCUCAGCAUCACACUGGGAGAAAAAUGUCUCUUCCGCCGCCUCUCAUCACCGUAUUGCGUGUCUGCCAAAAUCAUGUAACCGGAUUCACCGCUUUUGAGGACAGUACUUCAAUCGACCAGUGACUUUUAUUUAGAAAAAUAUUCCAACCACUCGCUUAAUCGGAAAAGAAAGAUACAAGAAUUGGAAAAACAAAGCUACCAGACAGGUGGAGAAAAUGGCACUGAUUUACCUGGGCUGUCUCGUCUUCUGGACUGCUGUAAUUGGCUUUGUGCAGGGCUGCCCAGAGCAAUGCAGCUGUUCGGAUAAAUACGCCCACCAGUUUGCUGACUGUGCUUACAAAGCACUGUUGGAGGUCCCCGUAGGGCUGCCCUCUAAUGUGACUACUUUGAGUCUUUCUGCCAACAAAAUCACCUCACUUAAGUCAAAAAGCUUUGUGAAUGUCACCCAGGUAACAUCACUAUGGCUGGCCCACAAUGCGAUUGUGGACAUAGAGAGUGAGACACUGGCCCCCCUGGUCCAACUUCGCAACCUGGACCUCAGCAACAAUAAGAUCGUCAACUUUCCCUGGGAGGACCUUUACAACCUCACCGCCCUGCAGCUGCUGAAAAUGAACAACAAUGAAAUGAUCAACCUGCCUAAGGAUGCCUUCUCCACCCUGAAAGACCUGAGGUCACUGCGCAUCAACAACAACAAGUUUACCACAAUCGUGCUGGGGACUUUUGAUGCCCUGAGUUCCAUGUCACACCUCCAGAUCUACAACAACCCCUUCACCUGCUCUUGCUCCCUGGAGUGGCUGAGGGAUUGGAUCGUGGCUUCUAAAAUCUCUGUCCCUGAGCAGAAAUCCAUUGUCUGUGAGGCCCCAGAGGCGCUGAAAGGCAUGUUAGUUGUGGCAAUGCCUAAGAUGGAAUGCACAGCUCCUACUGUCAGCAUAACCUACCAGCCCAACAUCGAGAACACUGAGCUCUAUGAGGGCUUCAUGUUAAUCUUAAACUGUGAAACCAAGGGGAACCCCAGGCCAGAUGUCAAGUGGGAAAUACGUGCAGGAAACCAGUACAUGGAAUUCAGUUUGCCUGGUGAUGUUAGGGAGAAAAAUGAUUUGCCUGUGGACACCAAAAAGGCCGGAAAUCGUUUCCUGGUGUUCCAAAAUGGCACUCUCAUCAUCCCGCGUAUGAGCAAAAAGGAAGACGGUAACUACAGCUGCUCAGCUGUAAAUGAAUUGGGCAAAGCGGAGGCCGCAGUAAAGGUAGUGGUAGCGGGCACUCGGAAACAUGCUGUCAACUCCAUGCUGGACACAACACCUGACAAGGCCCGUUCAAUGGCUGGACACCAGCCUGGGCCCAAGAACACCAAAAACAGUGUGAUCAGCUGGUCCAAACCUGAGGAGAAGAGCAAGAGCAUUCCAACUGGAUCGACUUACAUCACUGUGGACACCAAGCAGCCUGGACCGGACAGCAAGGACCCAAUAUUUUCCAGCAAAUGUGGCACAAAUGAUGGCACCCAAUACAUUUCCAACCAUGCCUUCAACAUGAGCCUGGAUCAACUCAAGCAGUACACCUUUGAUUUUGGGGUCAUUGCACUAGAAGUGUCAGAGACAGAAGCGAAAGUUCAGCUGAACCCUAUGAAACUGCCCAACGCCAAGGCCAAUCUUCACCUUAGCCCCCCACAAGAUGUUGAAACUAUGGUCAAAGAGGUUUUCAGCCUUUACCAGCCAUCAAGCAAGAACGUUCCCCUGGAUAUGUUGUAUUUGUGUGUUAAUACUGGCAAUGGACACUCAGUUGUUCAGUGGUCCAAGAUUGAGGAUGGGGUCAAUGCAUAUCGUUUCCAGGGUCUCCAGCCUGGUACCAAUUACACCCUCUGUCUAACGUAUGGAGGGAAUGACUGUCAGGUGCAAGUUGUUUUCACUACCAGGAAGAAGAUCCCCUCCCUUCUGAUCAUCGUUGUUGUGAGCAUAUUUUUGCUGGCUUUGGCCACCGUCCCCCUGCUGGGUGCUACUUGCUGCCACUUGAUGUACAAAUACCAAGGCAAGACCUACAAGCUGAUCAUGAAGGCGCAGAACCCAGAUCAGAUGGAAAAGCACAUGGCCGCCGAUUUCGAUCCUAGAGCGUCCUUUGUGGAGUCAGAGAAGAACUACGACCCUAGUGAGAUGGGCGAGGGAGAAGGCGAGGCUGAAGGUGAGGCAGGAGAAGAAGGAGAGGUAGAGGGCAGUGUGGUAACUGAAUCCAUUCCCGAUUCGCAAUCCAAAACGAAUCAAGAAGAAUUUGAAGUGGGUUCUGAGUACAGUGAUCGAUUGCCACUGGGGGCAGAGGCCGUGAACAUCUCCGAAGAAAUUAAUGGCAACUACAAACAGCCAGGCCGCUGAAACGUUUAUCACCUGGAUUCACUGUGUAAGAUAGUCACAUUCAAAUUGGUUAAGGACCAGGUAAUUUACCUCUUAUUAUUUCACAUGAAAGCAGAGCCCUGAUACACGCGGUUCGCUUGUUUGUACAAGAACACAUCCAUUUACGUUCACUGCAAUAGAUUGGAGGACACAUUUUUGGAAACUCUGAUAGUCAUUCAAACGAGGUUGACCACUCAACCUAUGUCAUGUUUAUAUUAUUGACGAUUCAUCAAUUUUCAAAAGAAACUCCAAACCGAUAACGAGUGAUUAAUAAAAAUUCCCUUUAUUUCGAGUGUAGGCUAGCAUACCCUCAUUGUGGUUUUCACGCGCCCGUUUCAGCAUGCUACGAUGCUGGACAGUGGCAGAUACUGAUCCGUCCGUGAAUUGACUGUUCCCAUUUUUUAUAAAAUUUAAAGGGAGUCUUACUUUAUCUGUAAUCAAGUAUGUGUAAGCGCUGGAAAAUCCAGUUCACUGCCAAAAGACGGUGUUAAAUGUACAGUGGAGCUUCGGCAAUAUAUGACUCUAACCUCUGUAAUCAGGUGCUUAUCUUCUCGCUUUUCUCAAAGAUUCUAAACUUGUACUUUCUCUUUUUAGAGAUACUUGUCCGUGGCAUGUCACACAUACGUAGGCUAUUUUCAUGUGUGUUUUAAUAGCGUAUAGGACGUUACGUAUUCUUAAUGUCAGUGUGUGAUGUAAGCCCGGUAAAUUGAAACGAUGUUUUCUUAUUUUCCAAGAAAAAGAACGGUCACCUGUUGGCCAAUAAAGUGAUUCAUCUGAACGUCUUUGAGUGUCCUGUAAAUCGACGCAUAGUGGAUUUUAAGUGGCUGUUCAACGAUGUUGUAAAGAUCCCUCAACCUUGUACCUCUUUUGAUAUGAUUUUAUGUACGUGGCGUUAAUAAAACAUUAAAACCCAUCUUUACAAUC